CUAUAUAUGUAUAUAUUUAUAUUUAUAUCUAUGUGUAUCUAUCUCUACUUGGUAAAGAUUUCCUUUUGCUUAGACUGAGAAAUUGAAUUUUAGGCACAAAAUUAUGACACUUUAACAAAAGCCUCUCACCCCACUUUAAGUGCUCCAUGAUCUGAUGGAGCAAUGUCAAUGAUAACAAUUAUAACUUCACCUUUCUUUGGUGGUUUUGGAUUUAUGAAAUGUUUUUCUUGCAAGAACCUUGUGAAAUUAUAGAGCAAGUAUAAUUAUUUCCAUUUUACAGACAAGACACUAAGGCUUAGAUAGAUUCAGUAAUUUGCCCAUAUCACUCUGAAGACCAGGACCUGAAUUCAGGAAUUCUGGUUGCAGAAGCAGGGUAUUUUUCACCAUGAUGCAGCAGAAUGAUAUGACUCUAGAGAUUUGUGGGCAAUUAUUCUUGAGGCUCAGGCAGAUAACAUGCUUACUCUAAGAAGAAAGGGAAAGGGAGCAGCAAUGACCCCAAAGACCCCCCUGGAAAACUGCAUGGUAUUUGGGUGAUUUGUUCUUCUUGCUGUGGGUAGGUGGUCCUGUCCUGCGGGCCAGUCACAUCAUAGUAGGAUGCCCUUCUGGGUGAAGACUUCCACUCUGCCCCCCAACUUUCUUCCCCUUCUCCAACACAGUGGGGGGACCGGGGAAGGCACAGGGAUGGGUGAAACAGAACGUGACAUUUCUUCGAAAGCCAUCUUUCUCCCUCCUGAGAUUCAUCAGGACAAAACAAGUUUAACCCCUCUUCCACAAGACUGUGGGGUUCUUCAAGUGGAGGCUGGCGGACCAUUUGUCUGGCAUGCUGUAGAGGGGACUCUCGCUCAGGCUUUGUAGCUUCUUCCUCUCUCCUAUUUCCUCGGCAUUGUUCUAGUGCAAUGGAUGGUAAAGUGGUGAUCCAGGAGGAUGGUCCCCCAGUGGUUUCUUGGGGCCCUGAAGGAGAAGAGAAAGAGGAGGAGGAGGAGAAUAUCGGAGAUCGUGGCCAAUGGACUAAUAAGAUGGAAUUUGUGUUGUCGGUGGCUGGAGAGAUCAUUGGCUUAGGCAAUGUUUGGAGGUUCCCAUAUCUUUGCUAUAAGAAUGGAGGUGGUGCCUUUUUUAUCCCUUAUUUCAUCUUCUUCUUCACUUGUGGUAUCCCAGUUUUCUUCCUGGAGACAGCAUUGGGUCAAUAUACCAGCCAGGGCAGCAUAACAGCCUGGAAAAAGAUCUGUCCUCUAUUUGAGGGUAUUGGUGUUGCUUCUGUAGUCAUUGAAGCCUAUCUAAAUGUCUACUACAUCAUUAUCCUUGCCUGGGCUCUCUUCUACCUGUUCAGCUCUUUCACCUCACAGCUGCCUUGGACAACUUGUACCAAUUUCUGGAAUACAGAACACUGUGUGGAUUUUCUGAAUUGUUCAGGCUCAAGUAAUCCAGAGUUAUCUGACAAUAGCACCUCUCCAGUCAUCGAGUUCUGGGAGAAGAGAGUUCUGGGCAUCACCACGGGCAUCCAUGACCUAGGGGCCCUGCGAUGGGAGCUGGCCCUGUGCCUCCUGCUUGCAUGGAUUGUGUGCUAUUUCUGCAUCUGGAAGGGAAUUAAGACCACAGGAAAGGUGGUUUAUUUCACAGCCACAUUCCCCUAUUUGAUGUUGAUCAUUUUGCUAAUUCGAGGGGUCACCCUUCCUGGGGCCUAUGAAGGGAUCAUUUAUUACCUGAAACCAGACUUGUUUCGCCUCAAGGAUCCCCAGGUGUGGAUGGAUGCAGGCACUCAGAUCUUCUUCUCCUUUGCCAUCUGUCAGGGUUGCCUCACAGCCCUGGGCAGCUACAACAAAUAUCACAACAACUGUUACAAGGAUUGCAUCGCCCUCUGCUUUCUGAAUAGUGCAACCAGCUUUGUAGCUGGCUUUGUUGUUUUCUCCAUCUUGGGCUUCAUGGCUCAGGAGCAGGGGAUACCCAUUUCUGAGGUAGCAGAAUCAGGUCCUGGGCUAGCUUUCAUUGCAUUCCCUAAGGCAGUAACCAUGAUGCCCUUAUCUCAACUCUGGUCAUGUCUCUUCUUCAUUAUGCUGAUAUUCCUGGGACUGGAUAGCCAGUUUGUCUGUGUGGAGUGCCUGGUGACGGCCUCCAUGGACAUGUUCCCCAGGCAGCUACGGAAGUCAGGGAGGCGAGAGUUCCUCAUCCUUUUUAUUGCUGUCGUGUGCUACUUGAUUGGACUGCUUCUUGUCACCGAGGGUGGGAUGUACAUAUUUCAACUAUUUGAUUAUUAUGCCUCCAGUGGAAUGUGCUUACUCUUCCUUUCAUUUUUCGAGGUGAUCUGCAUUAGCUGGGUAUAUGGAGCUGACCGUUUCUAUGAUAAUAUUGAAGAUAUGAUUGGCUACCGGCCAUGGCCACUGGUGAAGAUCUGCUGGCUCUUCCUAACUCCAGGACUUUGCCUGGCCACAUUUCUGUUCUCUUUGAUCAAGUACACACCACUCAAAUAUAAUAACGUCUACACGUACCCACCAUGGGGAUACUCAAUUGGUUGGAUGCUGGCACUCUCUUCCAUGGUCUGUGUUCCACUCUUCUUCAUUAUAGCCUUACUGAAGAUGCAAGGCUCUUUCAAGAAGCGCUUUCAACAACUUAUCUCUCCAGCCUUGGAUCUGCCACAGCCCAAGCAGUGUUCUGAUGGUGUUCAUAGCCUGGGUUAUUCACCUUCUCCAGCUAAAGAGGGACUGAUGACCUUGGAGAAGGAGACUCACCUGUAGACCAUGAUGGGAGCCUGGGGAGAUUUUUAGACCAGAAACUUGAGACUCCCCAUUCCCUUCUUAUCACCAUCCCCUUGUCCUAAUUCUGCCAAGCAAAAAAUGGGAAUGCAAGCGGUUUCCCUUAGAGCAAGGGUCAAAUUCCUAUCCUUUCCUCAAGUGAUGCAGCUAUAUUCCUAACUGCUUCUUCUUGGAUGGGUAAAAAUGAUUUGGAUAAAGAUACCACCAUUGGUACAUGCCAUGUUAUGAAGGGAUGUCUUGUUGGAACAUACUAUCUUAUGAGAGGAAAAGACUCAUUUUGCAAUUCAGUAUAUUGUGAAAAUUAGAGGGAGGUCAGAGAGGGGGUUAUCUGGAGUAUAUUAUACAAUGAGGGACUUUUCAAUAGUCAUACCCCAUGAAGUGUGGGUUGUAUAUAGGAAAGGGAUCCUUGUUGGAACAUAUCUCUGGUGAGAGGAUUAUAAAUGGAUCGCACCAUGUGUGUAAGGGAAUUUUAGGUGAAAAAUACCGUGUGCUGAUGUGGGGGUUCCCUUGAGACAUGCAGUCAUGGGAACAACAUUACAAAUGUGUCCGUUGUGUUUCAGAACUUCCAUUAAAAUUGGUUAGUGGACAAUCA